UCCAAGAGAGUCAGGUGCGGUCCACUCUGUCUUUAGCAGCGGCAGGGACUCGAGGCACGGGGAGAUCCCCCAGGAAUCGACCGGUCAGGAGACCAGAGCUGCCUCGCUGGUGACACCCGGUCUCAGACACUCUGUUCCCAUAAACGGCCCAUGGCUGACCAAGGCCCAGGGGGCAGCCGCCUCCCUCUGGCGCUGCCCGCGGCUUCCCAGGGAUGCUCCACCGGGGCCGGCGGCUCCUCGGCGGGGGGCUCGGGCAAUCCGCCGCCUCCACGCAACCUCCAAGGUCUGCUGCAGAUGGCCAUCACCGCGGGCUCCGAGGAGCCCGAUCCCCCGCCGGAACCUAUGAGCGAGGAGAGGCGGCAGUGGCUGCAGGAAGCCAUGUCGGCCGCCUUCCGGGGCCAGCGGGAGGAGGUGGAGCAGAUGAAGGGCUGCCUCCGCGUGCUGUCCCAGCCCACACCCCCGGCGGCCGGCGAGGCCGACCUGACAUCUGACCAGCAGGAGCGAGAGGGCGCCUUGGAGCUGCUGGCCGACCUGUGCGAGAACAUGGACAAUGCUGCCGACUUCUGCCAGCUGUCGGGCAUGCACCUGCUGGUGGGCCGCUACCUGGAGGCGGGCGCAGCAGGGCUGCGGUGGCGGGCAGCGCAGCUCAUCGGGACGUGCAGCCAGAACGUGGCGGCUAUCCAGGAGCAGGUGCUGGGGCUCGGGGCCCUGCGCAAGCUGCUGCGGCUGCUGGACCGGGACGCCUGUGACACAGUGCGCGUCAAGGCCCUCUUCGCCAUCUCCUGCCUGGUCCGGGAGCAGGAGGCAGGGCUGCUGCAGUUCCUGCGUUUGGAUGGCUUCUCCGUGCUCAUGCGAGCCAUGCAGCAGCAGGUGCAGAAGCUCAAGGUCAAGUCCGCAUUCCUGCUGCAGAACCUGCUGGUGGGCCACCCUGAGCACAAAGGGACUCUGUGUUCCAUGGGGAUGGUCCAGCAGCUGGUGGCUCUUAUCCGGACAGAACACAGCCCUUUCCACGAGCAUGUGCUCGGAGCCCUGUGCAGCUUGGUGACAGACUUCCCCCAGGGCGUGCGUGAGUGUCGGGAGCCCCAGCUGGGCCUGGAGGAGCUGCUCCGCCACCGCUGUCAGCUGCUGCAGCAGCACGAGGAGUAUCAGGAGGAGCUGGAGUUCUGUGAAAAGCUGCUACAGAUCUGUUUCUCCACCCCAACGGAUGACAGCAUGGACCGGUGA